CCCAAACAAAGAAAGGGGGCGGGGCCGCCCCUUCCCCGGGCCCGUCGGCCCUGGCGUGGCGCCAGCCGGUCCGGCCUUGCACACCCUGGCGGCAGGUUGGCGUCGUUUGGGCCCCCCGCCCGGCGGGAACACAGACACGCAGGCGCGCCCGGCAGGUCUCCCCCGCGCGCCCGGCGCCCAUUUAUUGGCCUACCCUUCAGUCGCGCGCGCCAACCAGUCGGCACGGGGGGGCUUUUGUUUGGAGGACACGCAGGGGGGUGCCCUUGCUUCAGAUAUGCACAUUGCGCCGCGGCUUUCCUUUGGUGCGUGGCCUGGAGUUUGUGGCCGCCCUUAGUGUUUACGCCGCAAGGUAGUGCCCAGGCGAAGUUGGGUGCUCUGACCCGGGUGCGCCUGAGUGUGGGUGCGCCCUCCCUCUGCCACAGCCCGGCAAGGAGGGUUGACCUGUUUGCGAAUUUUUAAGCAGUGCCGGUUUCCGCAGCCGUAAGAAUUGGC